ACGCGGAGGUUGGAAUGUGAUGAGGGGUUUGCCGAGGGGGGAGGGGACAGAUUACAGCACAGAGCCGUGGGUAUUAGGAUCCCGCUUAGGGCCCGGGGGAGGAUCUGCCCGGGGGAAUCCCGUGGGCAGGGCGAGGGGGGUGGGCCGAGUCUGGGCAGAGCUCCCGGGGUGGCGGGGAGGGGAACGGGGAGGCCCCGGGGCGGAGGACGGGGUGGGGGAGCAGGGAGUGUCCCCGUGGGGGUGGGGAAGAGCAAAGCUGGAGCCGGGCCGCGGGGCCUCCCCCCCCCCCACCCAUUCUGCUGCCAGCUGCCCCCCAGCGCCCUGCUCCGUGCCCUCCUCACCCUCCUCUCCCCCCCACUUCACCCCACUGCCUGGAAAUGUCUGUAACCCUCUCUGUCUGCCCAUGUAGAUUCAGAGAGUCCCGAGGAGAUGUCAGCAGUGAAGGGAACGCCCGAGAGGGGCGAAGGAGAUGGCAGCAGUGACAGCAGCUCGCCGGCUGGGGAGGGCCAGGAGUCACAGCCGUCCCCGCUGGCUUUGCUGGCUGCCACCUGCAGCAGGAUUGAGUCUCCCAACGAGAACUCCAACAGCUCCCAGGGCCAGCAAGGCGGCAGCGGUGAGUUGGACCUGACGGCCGCCGCUGCCCAGAUCGCACAGUCGGCCAACGGCUGGCAGAUCAUUUCCACUGGCUCCACCACGCCGACGCCUUCCAAGGAGCAGGGCAGCAACGGCAGCAACGGAGAUCCCUCCAAAAGCCGUCCUGUGAGCACGGGGCCGUACGUGGUCACAGCUGCCUCCAACUUGCAGAACCAGCAGGUGCUCACGGGCCUGCCCGGCGUCAUUCCCAACAUCCAAUACCAAGUCAUUCCCCAGUUCCAGACCAUUGAUGGGCAGCAGCUCCAGUUUGCCACCACCCCCACCCAAGUCAACGUGCAGCAGGAUGCCUCUGGGCAGCUCCAGAUCAUCCCCGGCACGAACCAGCAGAUCAUCACAAGCCGAGCAGGGACGGGCAACCUCAUCGCCAUGCCCAACCUGCUGCAGCAGGCUGUCCCCAUCCAGGGGGUGGGCUUGGCCAACAAC